ACUCCUGCUGGCUGCGGGGACUCUCCAGUUGAAAGGAGCCAAGCAAGAGGAUGCACUCAGAGCAUCACUGACUGAUUUUCUUUUUUUUUCUUUUGAGAAAAGCGAGAAAUGAAACCCAGACGAACAUCCAGUUGAAUUUUUUAUUGGGUACUCGGUGUUUUCCAAAGGAUUUUACGCAUCCGAAAAGAGUCAAGCAAACGCUGCGGGGAUGAGUGUUGCGUGGUUUUUCAUGCUCCCAAAGGAUCCCCUCUCCUGAUAAAGGGACAAAAGAGGACAAAACAAGGCUGUCCAUGACAUUUUCCAAAAAAAGGUUGCAAAGGUGGAGCGAUUAGAGAAGGGCUGAUGACGGGACUAUUAAUCCUUUCAGUGCAUCAAAGGCACCAAAGGGUAUUAGAAACGCUUGGAUGGAAAUCUGGCGCGUGUUUAGAACUGUUUUUGGUUCUAUAUGAAACUGGUGAUUAGUUGCUGUGACUCACCUGAGAGGAUUUUCUCUGUGAACUAAAGAUUUUAAAAAGGAGUACAUUUUGCUGUGUUUAUCCUCUGAAAGGUAUGCGCGCUUUCCCGGCUUGAAAACUCUCAUCUCAAUCUUUGUUUCUCUUCAAGUAUCCCCAGAUCUAAAUGGAAUUAGUUGAGUCUGAAGCCGUUUGUGAAAGGAACAGACAUGGUACAUGGGCACAGCUUCCCUCACGUUGUUGCAAGUCUUCUCAUACUUGGGUUGUCUGGGGCAACAAGGAAGGAUACAGCAGUGAAAAACAAUUCUGGAGUGAAGCCUGCAGGCCAAUGUGGAACGUGGGUGAAAGAAUCAGAAGGAGGACUCUUUACGUCUCCCAAUUACCCAAACAAAUACCCCCCAGACACAGAGUGUGUUUACAUCCUUGAAGCUCCCCCAAGGCAGUGUAUCGACCUACACUUUGAGGAGAAUUAUUCCAUCGAAUCCUCUUGGGAAUGUAAAUUUGACAACAUCGAGGUUCGGGAUGGACCUUUUGGCUUCUCCCCAAUGCUCGGAAGGUACUGCGGCCAGCAAAGCCCGCCUGACAUCAGGAGUAGCGGCCGAUAUCUGUGGAUAAAAUUUGUAACCGAUGGGGAACUGGAAGCGGUGGGAUUUUCAGCAAACUACAACUUCACAGCAGAUCCGGACUUUGCAGACUUGGGAGUCCCCCCGCCUCUACCCUCCUGUCAGUAUGAUAUGGUUGGUCCAGAAGGUAUCGUUGAGUCCCAUCAGAUCACCAGAGACGGAAAGGCGGGCGCCACAGAGGCCGUCGACUGUAAGUGGUACAUCCGGGCUCCCCCGCGCUCCAAGAUCUACCUGCGUUUUCUUGACUAUGAGAUGGCCAAUUCCAAUGAAUGCAAGCGCAACUUUGUGGCGGUGUACGACGGUGGCAGUUCGGUGGAAGACCUGAAGAGCAAGUACUGCUCCACGGUGGCCAACGACCUCAUGCUGGUUUCCACGCUGGGUGUCAUCCGCAUGUGGGCGGACGAGGCCAGUCGCAAGAGCCGCUUCAGGAUCCUUUUCACAACCUACCAAGAACCUCCAUGCGAUGCAGAUGCCUUCUUCUGUCACAGUAACAUGUGCAUAAACAACACGCUGGUGUGUAAUGGCAUGCAGAACUGUGUCUACCCCUGGGAUGAGAAUCAAUGUAAAGAGAAGAGGAAAGCAAACAUCCUGGACAACCUGAACAACACCAACGGGACCAUAAUUGGUGUCACUUGUUGCAUCGUCCUCAUUCUCCUUAUCGUCUCUGUCAUCGUCCAGAUCAAGCAGCCACGCAAAAAGUACAUCCUGCGACGUGAGGACUUUGACCCCACUAUGUUCCAGGAGGUCUUUGAGCCGCCUCACUAUGAGCUGUGUACUUUACGGAGUGCGACAGCGGCUGCAGCCACCUCAGCAGACUUAGUUGACCUGGCGGAAGACUUUGAAAACUAUCACGCCCUCCGCCGUGCCUCCUCCCGCUGUGUCCACGAUCACCACUGCGGCUCCUCCUCCAACCCCGGCUCGGCCCACAUAUCCCAGCUAUCGCUCAGCGGACGAGGAAGCCGUGGGAACUUGAGCGCUCGAGACAACGCAGCGGCCACCCUCCUCACGGACCUCCCGCAGCCGCCCAUGUCGGUGCGGCCUUUGCUACCGACCACAGGAAACCGCAGGAGCAUCUUGGUCAUGAAGCACAGCUACUCACAAGAUGCGGCGGACACUGGAUGUGACCUGGAUGACGACCUGGACGAAGUUCCCACCACCAGCCACCGGCUUUCACGCCAUGAAAAGGCAGUACAGCGGUUCUGCCUCAUUGGCUCUUUGAGCAAACAUGAAUCAGAGUACAACACAACUAGGGUCUAAGAGACAAUCUCAAGACUUCUUGAGAAUAGUGCAAUCCUGGAUCAAUACGAACGGGCGUCACUGAAAUAUGAAAAAGCGGAGCGGGGAUUUACACCAGCAUGAUGCUGAUGAUGAUGAUGAUGAUGAAGGGACACUUUGCUGAAAGUAAACUGAAUGUUCUGUAACGUGGGACUAGAAGGAUAUCCUGCAGAUGAAGCGCUGUGAGAGUUUUGAAAAUAAGUUAGCUUUGUGCGUACUGUAAUAAAUCCAGAUUUUUUUCUGUCUCACUGGAAACAAAUGGACCUUUACAAUGAACCUGAUUAUUCAUUAAUCCAAUUUUUAAAUUUGGGAUGUUAGCCAGGAACACCUGUUACUGUCAUAGAUUUCUCACUGAUAACAAAAUGAAUGUGAUCAAACAUCGUCAAGUUCAUUUUUUAAAGCAUGUACGUUUCAAAUAAUAGCAAACAUUAUGAUUUGAAUGGCUUAUUAUAGAUGCUUGCAAUAGAGGAUGUUUUUUUUUUGACAAGCAGAAAUUUGAAUUGAUUCAUGACUAACCCAAAUAAAUCUAACACUGUAGGAAUAACCAGACGUAGUUUAAUUUUGCUAAUAAUUCAAAGCCGAGUGGCUUGUGCAUGCUUAUUUAUACCCAUUAAAAGCAUUAACACACUAACAUUAAGAUAUGAAAUGCCCCCCCCAUCUAAUGAUACAUAAAUCAUGUGGACGUAAGAAGUGAUCAAAAAAAUAAUCUUCACUAUUUAUUGCACUGCAUGUCGUCGCUUAAACUUCCAUUUCUUGUUCAACUCAAACUCCCUUUAAAAUAAGUUGACUGACUUUUUGACCGAUCGUUUUAUUGAAAGAGUUCUCCUUUUGAGUUGCCAUGUAUUCACUUCAAGUCUGUUUGUCUUCUAACUCUCUCUCUCUACCGUAGGAGCUUAAUACCUUUGUACUAAAACAGACUUUUGUACUAUAGGGCUAACUGAAAGGAUGGCCGUUUUUACAGUUAUUCAAAUGAACAUUCAGGGCUGAUUUUACUGAUGCUUUGUAAAAAAAAAACAAAAAAAACAAUGAUGCUUCACAUUUCCAUUGUUUU